AUGGCUUAUCGUGCAGCAUCCCGCCUCCAGGGCACAUAUAUCCAUGUUCCCCGUGCUCUCCGUACCCUCUCUUCAUUACCUUCCAGUCAUACAUUCAGUUCACUUCCAGUCGCGUCACUCGAUGUCAUCUUGCAAUGGAAUCACCAGUCAUCACAGCAGACGCGUCCUUUCAGUGCUUCGACCCUCUAUGCGGAGGAAACAAGCCUCAUCAGUGUUCCUGCCAUGGCUGAAUCCAUCUCUGAGGGUGUGCUGACUACCUUCCACAAGCAGGUUGGUGAUUAUGUGAAACAGGAUGAGGAACUCGCCUCGAUCGAGACCGACAAGAUUGAUGUGGCUGUUAAUGCCUCAGAGAGUGGAAAGAUCACAAAGUUUCUUGUCAGCGAGGGAGAUACCGUGACAGUUGGACAGGCCGUUGUUGAGGUUUCUGUGAAAAGCCAAGAUGCUUCGCAGAAUACAGAGCCUGAGCAUGCUUCUGACUCUGUUGGUGAAGUGAAGGGACAGACGACUUCUUCUGAGCCUCAGCCCACCCCUGAACCUGAGCGUAAGGAGUCUGCACCUCCUCAGGUUAAACCUCAGCCAGCAGCACCUGCUGCAAGGCCCAAGGAUCCUGUUCCAGCUCCCAGAACCACUCGUGCAGAGACCAAGGAGAAAAUGACCCGCCUACGUCUCCGCUUCGCAGAACGUCUUAAAGAAUUUCAGAACACCGCAGCCUUCUUGACCACCUUGAACGAAGUCGACAUGACGAAAAUAAUGGAGUUUCGAUCCAAGAACCAAGACGACGUACUCAAGAAGUACGGUGUCCAGCUCGGCUUCAUGGGUCCAGUUGCCCGUGCCUCUGCACUCGCGUUGAAGGAGAUCCCGGCUAUCAAUGCCUCGAUUGAGAACAACGAUACCAUUGUUUUCAAGGACUACAUUGAUCUAAGCAUCGCUGUUGCGACACGCAAGGGCUUAGUCACGCCGGUGUUGAGAAACGUGGAGGAUAUGAGUGUGGUGGAAAUUGAAAAGGGGAUUGCGGAGCUGGGGAAGAGGGCUCGUGACAACAAAUUAUCCAUGCGUGACUUGGUUGGGGGUUCUUUCACAAUCAGCAAUAGUGGUAUGUGGGGAUCGCUGUUUGGAACUCCGAUCAUCAACAUGCCGCAGACGGCGGUGUUGGGCAUCUAUGGCAUCAAGGAGAGGCCUGUUGCUGUUAACGGACAGGUAGUGAUCCGCCCGAUGAUGUACACUGCUCUGACGUACGACCACCGACUGGUGGAUGGACGUGAGGCGGUUACCUUCUUGACCUUGGUGAAGAAGUAUCUCGAAGAUCCGGCCACCAUGUUGAUUGAGUGA